CUGUGGAGGCAGUACGCGCGCGGGCGGGGAGGCAUCCUCGGCGACGAGAUGGGGCUCGGCAAGACGGUGCAGACGAUCGCCUUUCUCGGGGCCGGGAGGGGAAUCAGCGAGAGGGGGGAUGAGCAGGUGCUCGUCGUCGUCCCGAUGUCGACGCUGGGCAACUGGAAGCGCGAGUUCCGCACCUGGGGCUGCUUCCGGCUGGCGGUCUGCCACGGGGCGGAGAAGGAGGCGGCGCUGCGCGCGCUGGCGAGCCGCGAGUGCGAGGUUGUGCUCACGACGUACGAGACGGUGGUCAACUGCCAGAGAGACCUCGCGGGCCACCCGUGGGAGGCGACGGUGUGGGACGAGGCGCACAAGCUCAAGAACCCUAAGGCCAAGGUGACGGAGAGCGCGCAGCGGGUGGCGUGCCCCUCGCGCUUCGCGCUGACGGGCGCGAGACUAGCAGCCGAGACUAGCCGAGGCUAG